AUGAGUCGCUCGGGCUUCAUAAGUUACGCUGGUUUUGACAUAUCAGAAGACUCUAUGCUUCGCAGAGCUCUUUUCUAUUUCCUUCACAAUUUAGCCUUUUUGUUGGCUCCAGCACUCGAGCUUUUGUGUAUUAUGUCAAAGACUGGAAAAGCACACAUUAUUGAUAAGGCGCAAAUUCCUGCAGCAAUAAACGACGAGACCGAUACGUUACCUAAUGUGAUUGCCUACAAGCAGCUGGAGUUUGAGGCGGGUGUACUUCAUCAGGCUGCGAAUGCUUUCCAGAAACAUGUCGAAUCAGAAGUCUCUAAGACACAUCAGCGUCUGCUAAGUCUGGAGGAUGAUCUGAAGUACCCAUCGUUUUCACCCAUGACUUUUCUUAGAUUUGCCAAUUCUCACUUAGAGAAUAUGGAACGCACACUUGAUACGCUUCUGACACAGUCCACAUCAAGUUCAGGAGAAAUAACUUCUUCACGAAGGAUCCGUGGUUUGGAACUGGAAAUCGAAAACAAAGCAAGUUUGCAAACUAUCUCGCUUCAUGCCAUGAAGCAGAUCGAUGUCCUCAACUCUCGAAAACAAUCACUGUUGUCCAAACUGUCAAUGUUGCAAGAUACGUCUCUCAGCGAUCAGCCCAGCUUGUUGGCGUAUUCACAAACCACGGAAAGUUCUAUCGCUGCCCUCACAACUGCUGCACCGGUGCCCAAACCAACACUCCCCGAGCAUAAACGAAAAGGUCCACCCACAAUAGUAAAAUGUGCGAAAUCGCCACCAGUAAAGAAGAUCCGCCUCCCUAAACGGCCCAUCCGAACUACGAAAAAAUUGGAUGAUGCUAAUCUCGAACAGUUUCAGAAACGCUUACGCCGUCAACGACAUUUGGAUGCAUUAGAGCGUCAGCUGGCGAAGGAACAUGGUGAGGAUCCUGACCCCAUUCCACCAGAUGGGCAACUGGAUAAAAAUUUCCUUGUACCCGGGCGUAUCUGGUCUCGUCUGUUUGAAUAUCAACGCACAGGAGUGAACUGGUUGUGGCAACUUCAUCAGAAACAAUGUGGUGGAAUACUUGGCGAUGAAAUGGGUUUAGGCAAAACGAUUCAGAUCAUUGCUUUUCUCGCUGGACUGCACUACUCGGAGUUUUUGGCGACGAGUAAAAGUGGUCACUUGGGACCUGGACCAUCUCAUCGGCAUAGCACGGGCGACUUUGCUUCCGCUCUCAUUGUUUGCCCAGCCACGGUGCUACAACAAUGGCUGCGUGAAUUCCACCAGUGGUAUCCGGCUUUGAGAGUGGCGAUCCUUCAUUCAACCGGAUCCGGCUAUCAGAAACCGAACAGCCUCAUCCGGUCAAUGGGUAAUCAUCCGGGCAGUGUCCUUCUCACAACAUACCAGACUCUUGUAACUUACCAGGACGUAUUGACGGCGUUGGAACCGUCUUGGACAUACCUGAUUCUUGAUGAAGGUCAUAAAAUUAAAAAUCCAGAAGCUGAAGUGACUCAUGCGGUCAAAAGAUUUGCCACUCCACAUCGCCUCAUACUGUCCGGUAGCCCGAUGCAAAACAAUCUUCGUGAACUAUGGUCCUUGUUUGACUUCGUCUCCCCGGGACGACUGGGACCAUUACCGGAAUUUAUGCAGCAGUUUGCUAUUCCAAUCACUCAAGGUGGUUAUGCCUCUGCAUGUGCGUGCACGUUGCGGGAUUUGCUUAUGCCUUUCCUCAUUCGUCGACUGAAGACUGAUGUUCAAAUUCAGCUUCCUGCCAAGUCUGAACAGGUCUUGUUUUGUCGGUUGACCAACUAUCAGCGCCAACUAUACCGUGAAUUCGCGGAAUCUCAGCUGUGCAAGGAUCUCUUAAAUGGCAAAGGAAACGUUUUCACUGCGCUAAUUCUACUGCGGAAACUGUGUAAUCACCCCGAUUUGGUUACCGGUGGACCAAGGGACCAUAUUUUGUUGGGAGCUGAAUUACCAGAGGAUGAUGUGGAUGUCACUACAGUCAGCAGGAUUUCUGAAUACGGAUGGACUCGUUUUGGCUGUCCUCGAAGGUCUAGUAAAAUGCUUGUGGUUGCCUCUUUGCUACGAGCAUGGUCAACCCAAGGACACAAGGUUCUUCUGUUCUCACAAAGUCGUCGGAUGUUGUGUCUCCUGGAACGUCUUCUGAUCACAUUAGGCAUCACAUACCUUCGGAUGGAUGGUUCGACCCCAGUCAGCCAACGUCCCGCUCUCAUAGACCGUUUCAAUCGUUCAACCGAUUCUUCGGAUGAAAACAUAUUUGUAUUUCUACUAACGACGCGUGUGGGCGGUCUGGGGAUCAAUCUAACUGCUGCUAACAGGGUCCUCAUUUUCGACCCUGACUGGAAUCCGAUGACUGAUUUGCAGGCCAGAGAACGGGCUUGGCGAAUCGGUCAAACCCAAGAUGUAAUUAUCUAUCGGUUGCUAACCAGUGGCACGAUCGAGGAGAAGAUCUAUCAUAGGCAAAUCUUCAAGCAGUUUCUCACAAACAGGGUUUUGAAGAAUCCUCGGCAACAGCGUUUCUUUAAAACGAAUGAUCUGCAAGAACUGUUGAACUUUGAUGACGGCGAAUCUGCAUCAAGAACGAAGGGCCAAGCUCCAGAAACCGCGAAGUACGUCCAUUGUGAAGGCCUUGGUCACACUGUACUCGAUGCGUCCAAAUCUGUGAUCGGUAAUCCGAAAAUACCGAACCGGUUUGAUUUGUUGCAAGCCCAAGGCAAAGUUAUCGUAAAGGAAACGACGGAAGAUGAAACGGGUUCCGAUGAUUCACAUGAGGAGGAAAUUGCAACUACAACUACUACUACUGAUGCGCAACAGACGUCUGCUCAACCGCGCAGGGUGGAUGAGGCGCGGAAAGCUCAACUUCGUCAGCUUGCGCGUGAGUUAAGUAAGCGCAUUGGUGAGGGUCGACUUAAUGAAGAUAAACCUCUCAAACUCCGAGGCAAACUGCGUCUGAACCACACUCAACGACGCGGCACGAGGGUUGAUGGCAAGCGUAUUCCAUUAAUCAGUCGUCGCGCGGUCUAUGACUAUGGUGAUGUGGACACCACUCCAAGUCCGAGUCACUCUAAGGAUUCGUCACGCGGAAAGUUACUUCCUGUCGCAGAUGAAACAAGCAAAGAUAUGUUUUUAACUACACUGUUGGCGCCAGAUGGUGUCUCAUCUGCAGAACUUCAGUCGAGCAUGAAGGCCAAGCGAUCUGUCCUGGAUGAAGAAUUACGAGCAGAAGCUAAACGCGUGGCUACCGAGGCCCUGAUCCACAUACAACGAUACUCAUCUUCGAAAACACGUAAGGAUCUUACAUCCAUGACAGAACCUGGAACCUCCAGCUCCAUGCCUACAUCCUCAAAACACACCGCACCCAUAAAUAGCUGCUCGUCUGGCAUACUUCAUGCGAAAAGGAGUAAGAAUGAUAACCCCACAAGUUCUGGCAAUGUGCAAGCCAGUGAACAAAGUCGUAAACGCAAAAUGAUCCAUCCCGUCUCAAGACCCAAGAAUUCCACUCCUCACCUUUCGCACGUCUCACAUGUGCUUCUUCACGACCAAUUACUCGAUGACUUUACCCAAGAAAGCCGAAUCGAUCAUUCGUUUUACACGUCUGAAGCACGUCGCCUGGCAGAAGUAAUUGCAGAAGAACUGCUCAGGGAAGCUCAAACUUCAUUUGAUCCACAAACUCCGGAGGCACAUUCGUAUACCAGUGUGUUGUCUACAGUGAGACCGUUCGGUCUUGUUCACAAUCGGUUUCUCUGGAAUCCAAGUGAACACCAAAGCCCAGCCCUCGCUUAUUUAUCACAUUCUCUGAGACAAAACGCAUUGUCUAGCCAAAACACGGUUAUCAAAUCGUUUGAUCCAGGGCAGCAGUCACCACUGGAUGCCAGUGCCGUCCUUGUUGGACAUGUUCGCUUCAGCUCGUCCAUCCUGUUGCAACUUAUCUCUGUCCGACACACUGCUCGCCAAUCCUUUCCAGCUACAACCCACCGUGAACCCAGUCACACUAGAGGAUCUAUCCAGCAUAAAAUGCAAGUACUUUGCUGCGAACUCGUCCGGAUGCUAACCGGUAGCUCGCUACCUGUAACUAGCGGGCUCCUAGCUUCCUGUUUCAAUCAUAUUUUGUGCAAGAACUCGGACAGUGUGAAUGAACUUAACGCCCUACAUUUCCGGGCGAUUCUUCGGCGUGUAGCCGGACGAAGACGGUCGAAAGAUAGUAGUACUGAUGCCUCGUCUAGAUGUCGCUAUAAUGACGUAUGGUUUCUGCGGGAACGUUAUCGAGAUGUUGCCCAAUACCUGUCCAGUCAGCUGGCUUCAUGUGAACGAUCUAGCACUAACAUCCAAAGUUAGGUUUGAUACGUGUACAUAUUUUUCUAAUUGAAGAAACCUUAUAUUUUUCCAACUAAUUUCACUACAAAACUUUCCAGUCAGCGUUUACUUCUCUUCAGUGUUGAGCACUGUUUCGUUUUUUCUUAUAUUCAUUUUGACCAGUCUCGAUAUCUUGCUUAUUUUUUCCAAGAGAGUCCACUCAGGUAAACAAUAAUGCGAAACCAC